GGGGACGCCACAGGAAGCACUUCAUUGAACCAUUGUGGCAUUGUGGGUAGGCGGAAAACGGCUCAAAAAGCGACGCGAAACCGACGAUCGCACGUUGCAGAGUCUCCAAAGAAUAAAACAACAAAAACAAAAAUCCGUUUUGAAGACAGACUCGAGGAAGGGUUGAAAAAUGUCCAUCGGUGUACCAAUCAAGGUUCUGCAUGAAGCAGAGGGACACAUUGUGACCUGUGAGACCAACACAGGAGAGGUGUACAGGGGCAAGCUGAUCGAGGCUGAGGACAACAUGAACUGCCAGAUGUCAAAUAUCACAGUGACUUAUCGUGAUGGCCGGGUGGCACAGUUGGAGCAAGUCUACAUCCGUGGCAGCAAGAUCCGCUUCCUGAUCUUACCGGACAUGUUAAAGAAUGCCCCUAUGUUAAAGAGUAUGAAGAACAAGAACCAGGGAUCUGGUGCAGGAAGGGGCAAGGCAGCUAUUCUCAAAGCACAAGUGGCAGCAAGAGGCAGAGGCCGUGGUGGAAUGGGAAGAGGUAACAUCUUCCAGAAGAGGCGAUAACUGCUACAGCUGUGUUAAGAUUUUUGCAUUGUAUAGUCUUUGGGUUUUUUUAAUUUUGUCUACUUUGGGUUGGGUAUCUUAGAUAUUGUUCGCAAUCCUGUGCUUUGCAGUUUAUUGCUUUAAUUUCGUUUUUGUAUGACAAUAAACAUAUUUCAAUUUGA